CUUUCAAGUUCAAAGUGUUAUUACAAUGGUAAACUAAAAGAUCAUUUCAGUUUAAAUUGGUUUAUUAUCACUCUUUGAUUUGAAUAUUUUCCAAAAAACUAAAUCAAUCAAGUAUUAAUUUUUUUAGAUUUUAUGAAAAUCUUUGCUACAGUUUGAGUGAUAAAGAUGGAACACGAAGAUAAAAAUUUUGAUGUUAAAUUGGAAAUUGUGAAUAGAAAAACUGUUUAUACUGUUUCUAAAAAGUUAAUUUGUUCAGUUGUGCCUUAUAUUAAGAAAAUGUUUGGUUGUGAUUUGUUGGAAUCAAAGGAAAACAAAGUGGAACUUGAUUUUGAUGAACAUGUCUUCAAUGCUAUCCUGGAUUGGAUUCAUUCUGGGUCGUUCUUGAUUAACAUGGAGAAUGUGAUCAAUCUUUACGAAGCAGCUGAUUACUUGAUGUUGGAUGAACAUUUCUUAAAACCUUGUCUUUCUUAUUUUCAUGAAAAUUUCACCAUUAAACAUCUUCCAGUGGUUUUAUCCCAAGUUACAAAAGUGUCGAAAUUUAUCAAUUUAGGAUCAAUUGAAAACUUCAUUUGUCAUCAUUUCUUGUCGAUCACUAAUACGGACAUUUUCUUGAAUUAUCCAGUUGAGACAGUUGAAGCUAUUCUUAAAUUAGAUUUAAUGGUUUACUCUGAAUAUCAAAUUUUUGAAUCAAUCUUAAAAUGGGUGAAUAUUAAUACGUCCAGACAAAAAUUCAUUCCACACUUAUUGAACUGUGUCCGUUGGUCUUUCAUGGAUCCUGAUGAUUUAGUUAAAAUCAAAAAUGAUGAACAUAUCAAGGUUUUGACUAAUUUUGAUUCAAUUAUCUCGUCCAACGUUGAAUCUGAUUUAAAUCGUAGCAGACAAAACUUCUUCGUUUCUAUUCAUCGAAUUGGUGAUUCAAGAUUAAGAAUAAAAGCGUUUGAUAAUAAAUUUUUGUGUUUCCCGAUCGGUGAUUUUAUUCAAGACGAUUCUAUGCCACUUGAAUUUGUUCACGGAGAACACAUUUCAGAUAUUUUGUUUGAUUCUGGAACAAAAGGAAUCCAAAUUGAUUGGAUUAAACGGACAUUUCGAUGGCGUGACUUCAAAGUUGCUGGUAAAACUUUUUACAGUCAAUUUUUUAAAGUUAUUUUGCAGUUUCAGUCUAAUCUCAAAUAUUUUACUUGCUAUUUGGAGGAUAAAGACUGGAAACCUACUGCUCCUAUUGGCACACAAGAGGAAUUACUCAUUGAAUCUAAUGGUAAAUUCAUUGUAAUUGGCAAAACUAAAGAUGAGAAGAAGUGGUUUGGUCUUUUCCCAGGUGCACAUGAAAGUUGGUUCAAUCAAUUUAAAGAUUGUGAACACUCUUUUCAAGCCACUGUUUUGGACGAUGUUGUUUAUAUAUUGACAAAGGAUCUCGAAUUCAUCCAAUUUAAUUGCGAAACUCGAUCCUUCAAUAAAAGUGCACCAUUCAAAGACGAAAAAUGGAAAUUCAAUGAUUUAAUCUUAACUUCUCAUCAAACAAACGACGAUAAAGUUAUUUUGGUCAAUAAAUCAAGUGGAAAAGUACAUGUUUUCUGUAUCAAUCAGAAAGAAUGGAUUGAGAAGUAUCGAAUCAUGAAUGUGAACUUAGGUUCCAACAGUGCCAAUGCUCCUGUUGAUAAGUUGAUUGCCUUCACUUCAACGUUUUUGCCGAUGCAAACUAUCAAACCUUUGUAUGAACAAAGAUCUCAUUCUUGAACUACCAUUUGUACUUUCCUAUUUUGCGCAUGAUGUAAUUAUAAUGUGCGUAAUGAUAUUGUAAUGUAAUCUUAAAAAUGAUAAUAUAAUAGUUGUGAAUCAAAACUUGCGAUUAAUUAAUCAUAUGGAAAAAUUCACAUUUCCAUUAUUUUCAGCCAAACUUGAAUUGAAAUGAGCACGAUUAAAAAUCGCUUUGUAAUGAUUUACUCAUGACCUUAACCAGUCUUUUUAUCAUUACUUAUUGGUAAUAAAAUGGUAUCAGCUUUUUUGUCCUCAUUU